UAAUUUUCGCGUUUAAUUAAUUAAGGAAUUAAAUUUCUCGCGUCAUUUAAUAUUUGACAGCACCACACCUGCUUUGAAAACAUUGAUUUGACUCGUGUCACUUUCGCUGGCAGAACUGUCAAGUUUGUUUUGAUUUAGUUUUAGAAAGAAAAUAUGUCGCGAGUUUAAUUAGGAUUUUUUAUGAAAACUUGCGAUUCGAGGUGCCUCCAUUCUUUUGCUUCGACACGCAUCUAGUGGAGGAUUGCGGAGGCGAAGGCAUCGGCAGUAUGUCGGACGAUUUGGAGUUCGACGAGCUGAACGACUGGGAAGAGUGCACGAAGAUUUAGUCCGGUUGAAACAGAGGGAAGCGAGGUUGCAGCUGGAUCUGAACGUGUUGAUGAUGCCGAACAUGCUAGAAACGCAGCAUCCGACGUCACAUCCGGCAAUGCAGCAGCAUCAUUUGGAGAAAUCGCAGCAGCGGGGAGAAAAGUGGUUUCUUCAUCGGUCUUCAGCCAAACUUUCCGUUGUCGAAACCCGCUUAGAUGCGUAUCUUUUUGGCGGACGAAUUCCCGGCAUAACGAAUCAGUCGACGUUUACGAUUCCAGUAAACUUUCCUCCGGCGUUUAACAUGGUUGCCGCCGUUGAACUUCAACCAGCGGCUAGUUCAGGAGGUUCAGCAAAAUCAUCCGGUGUUGAAUCAGCACCGUUAUCAUCAACAGCAGCAGCAGGGUCAGAAUCCCUGUCAGCAGCAGCCCAAAAACUGCAAAAUUACCAGCAGAACCAGAAAAAGAUGCAACACCAUCGUGGCAGGCUGAACCGAUCGGGGGAGUACGAAGCGUACGCGAUUGUCCCAUUGUUAUAAAUAAAUACAAGUUGUUUUAAACCCUAGUUUAUAUUUCAAAGCAAUUUCAUUCACCAUAUUCUGGCCACCGUGAUGCGAUAUUCGAGCGGUCGUUAAGUACCUUUAACUACCGACUGAUGCGUGACUGCAACUGGGCGAUGCGCACCCGGUUCGGGAGGAUGCAGCACUCGUCCAGCAGAAGGUCGUUCGGCUUGUUGGCGCGUUUUCGGAGCAGACUGACCUCUUCCACAUCCGACCCCGUUGACCGUCAGGGUCGUUCUUCGGCUGACGGUUAUCACGAAAAUUCUAGGACCACCCGAGGACCAUUGUUCCAGUUACCCCUCCUUUACUGGUAGUGGUGGUGGUGCUGCUGCUGCGAAACAUCAUCGUUGAAGUGAUCAUCGAACCAGGUUUGCCGACAGGAUGGCUGCCCUCCUUCUCGGAAACUCUUUGGGUGGCAAUUGAUUCUGAAACGAGUAAGUAUAAUUUAUAUACACACAAAAAUGGAGGAAAACCUGCCGGAUUGUGCCACGAUUCACUGAAGUCACAAUCUCCCGCCGCAAUCAAACGCUUAUCUGGAGAAACAUCUCCUGCUGCUGAUCCGGGUGUCCAACACCGCCAACUCCGUUGCGAUUUUUGUGGCAACCUUGGUUGUGGUUGUAGAACCAGCCUUCUCCGCCGCCGGAAUGUCCACCGGAGUGAUCUUACCAUGAACCGCCACCACCGGGAGAAUGCAUUCUCCCAUUAGACCGACUUUUCGGCGACAAACAAAUUGCACCAAACACAACAACAAUCGUGCGCAAUGUCAAACCGUCAAACUGUCAAAUCAAUGUGGUCCAAAAAGAGGUGGCGAUGUUUUGAUCGAAAACAAUCGUUAAUUAAUUAAUUUCGGCAGUUAAUUAAUUAAAUUAUUUAAUUUUUUACUAUUGUCCCGCCCCUCGUUCGGGCGUGCACCAUUUGUAACGCCAUCUUUGCUUAAAAAUCUGGAUAUUUUUCACUGGGCCUCCCGCAUAAUCAAAUACCAAAGGUGAAACUGUCGAAAUCAUAUGAAAAUUAUUUCUGGUAUGGUUACCAUUUGUGAUAUUGUUGAUAUAAUGUCACGACCAUAUAACAAAAUUAAAAUGGUACUAUUUCCCGAAUUGUUACACUUAUCUUGACAUAUUCGAAUGGUUGAUUUUUUUUCCUACAAUUUAAUGAACGGUAUCUAUUCGUCAUACGAUUAGGAUGGUUCGAAACAGCUAUUGUUAGAACAUAAUAGUACUGUAGCCGGUAUGAUAAAAGUUAUGAUACUCGGUAUGAUUUAGUCAAAGAAACUUAAGCGGAAAAUUUCCUAAAUUUCCUAAGUCCUAAUAAUUGAAACAAUUGCACAACAAUUAAUGGUACGAUAUAAUUAUUCCUCAUAUGUUUGGUAUUAUUUCAAACAGUUUUUGUAUGAUUGAGCCAAAAAUGAAUUUUAGCGAAAAUUUUCUUAAGUCCCGAUGAUUCAAACAAUUGUUCAACAAUUCAUGGAGAAAUAUAACUUUUCGCCAUAUGGUAAGGAUUUUUCGGAACAGCUAUUGUUAAAACAUAAGGGUACCAUAGCCGACGUAGUAUUUUCAACUUGAAGCUCAGCGAAAAACUCUUAAGUCCCAAUAAUCCAAACAAUUGUACAACAAUUCAUGGAACGAUAUAACUGUUCGCCAAACGCUUAGGAUUAUUUGAAACAGGUAUUGUAUGAUUGAGCCAAUUGAACUACAGCAAAAAAAAUCCUAAGUCCGAAUAAUUCAAAUAAUACUUUAACAAUUCAUGGAACGAUAUACCUGAAUUCAGCGAAAAUUUUCCUAAGUCCCAACAAUUCAAACCAUUGUUCAACAAUUCAUGGAACGAUAUACCUGAAUUCAGCGAAAAUUUUCCUAAGUCCCAACAAUUCAAACCAUUGUUCAACAAUUCAUGGAACGAUAUACCUGAAUUCAGCGAAAAUUUUCCUAAGUCCCAACAAUUCAAACCAUUGUUCAACAAUUCAUGGAACGAUAUACCUGUUUGCCAUAUAGUUUGUAUGUAAAGCUAAUUUAUUUUCGUGAUAAUUUUUAUAAGUCCAAAUAAUUUAAUCAAUUGAUUGACCAUUAUCAGAACGAUAACUGUUCGCCAUGUGAUUGGUCUAUAAUUUAUUUGUAUGGUUCUACCAUACAUGUUACGAUAUAUUUAUGAUAAAUUUUGAGGCCACAUUUCAUAAUAAAAUGCAUUUUAAACCGCCAAACGUAAUGUAACUGAGAUAGCUCAAUUAGAUAAGGCGGCAGCACCACGGAAGAAUCAACAGGAGACAUCAUCAUCAAGCGGUAACAAAUCCCGGACAUUACAAAAAAAAAAAACGCUCACCAUUAAUAAUCAUAUACUUACCAUUCCCAUUAAAUCCAUAGUUCCCAGAACAUUUGUAAAGUUUAUUUUUUGGCUCCUCCCUUUUAAAUGGUGUCGGUAAGUGUCGGUAAAGCAGUUCACCAUUUAAAAUCAUAUUUUAUUAAUUUGUGGUACGGUUCACAUAAAAUAAGAAUUGAACAGUUUGGGGUAGGGUAUGACUAUGAUCCACGAAAAAAAUCCCUUGUAAAAAUGUAUUGUAACAUUACCUAACGACCUAUUUAAUAAAUUGUAGGAUUGUUUGGGGAAUGGAAAAUGUACGGUUGCACCCUAUUUGGUGUAUUAUUAAGAUCAUUUAGGAAAAAUCAUUCGACAAAUGGUGACUGUAUGGUUGUUGACUAUGCGGGCU